GAACGAACCUGAUAAGUACUUGUUUCGUAAUCGCUCGAUUUUCAGGCACUUUGCAGGUCUAAAGUAGAUUUUUCUUCGAACAAAAUGUAUCAUCAACUUAGCCGAGUUACUGGCAGGCUGGUGGCCUCAACCCACUUGCAAAGCCCACUGUUCCCUGUGGCACCCGUUGCUUUGCAACGAGUGGAGCCCCCAACCAUCCAGUACAACACCACGCACAUGUCGACUGUUGCCGACGCGUGCCCAGCUCCUGGCAAAGCUAAGUUGAUUCCUGGCACCAACACUCCUUACGCCCGUAUGUCUGAGAAGGUCAUCCAGCGACAGAAACAAUUCCAGAAAGAGGAUGAUGUCCCCGUAUUCCUGAAGGGAGGCCCUGUUGAUGGCAUCCUGUACCGUUUAACCAUGGCUCUCUGCAUCGUUGGGCUUAUUGGUGUUGGUCACACCAUCUACAUCCACGCUGUACCCAAGAAGUAAAUACAUGAAUAAAUCAAUUACUAAAUUAUGUAUUAGCUGCCUGUGUUAUAAGUGUCUCAGCACUGUGAUUAGAAAUAUAUGAUAUCAAACAACA